UUUGCGCUCUGCAGCCCAGAUCGCGUCCUGGCUCCGGGCGCGCGGGGGAACCCUGAGAGCUUGCGGAGAGCCGCCAGGAGGGGGACCGAGGAGCCGCAGAGAGGGGCGUAGGUGAGCGACUCGCGGAGCUAAAGAAAGGGGAAAAUACGGAGCGAGGUGCGAGAAAAAGAAUCCUGUCCUGUAGGGAAGGUCCCUCCAAAAUACUCGAGAUACUCUUGGAGUUCCUGAAUCUAUUCUCUGAUACUUUAAAGAGGAACAAUCACCCUUGGAGAAUAACAUCUACUGAGAGUUGAGAUGCAAACUUAGGGUGUGAAUGGAAAGAUUAAAGUGUGAUCAACUGUCCUUCUCCUGGUAUCACCUUAAGGAAUAUUGGCUGCUUAAUUUGAAUUUAUGAAUUCUUCAUCAUCUUCUGCCAAAAGCCCUUCCAGUAGCACAAGUGUUCACUGUCUAAAGCCAUAUUCUUUGUCAAUACUUUAGACCAACUGGAUAGAAAGGAGAUAGAAGAGGAUCUCGGGAAGCAGAUCACAAGCCUGAUACAAGAUGCCCCUUGCUGGAGCAGGAACUGGAAAACAAGACAUGUUGGCUGGAAGGGUAAGCAGAACUGAUUCUGUGACUGCCACUGGCCUUCAUUACUUAAUUCAGCUUCUACAACUAAUGACCUCAGGUGUAUUGAAAACAUCAUUCUGAGAAGGGAGCUAUAGACUGCACCAAACAGCCAAAGGGAUCCAUAUUACAACAGAGGUUUAUGAAGUUGGGGUUUUUCAGUGAAUCAAGGCAGCAUGUUGCCCCUCGGUCCUGGUUUAGCUGUAGCUUGUCUUCAGAUCUUCAUCUUCUCUGAAAACUGGGCUUUGGCCAAAAACAUCAACUUCUACAGCGUGAGACCUCCUCUUGAUCCCACACCGUUUCCAAACAGCUUCAAAUGUUUUACCUGUGAAAAUGCCGGGGAUAAUUAUAACUGUAACAGAUGGGCAGAAGAUAAAUGGUGUCCACAAAAUACACAGUACUGUUUAACAGUUCAUCACUUCACCAGCCAUGGAAGGAGUACAUCUAUCACCAAAAAAUGUGCUUCAAAGAGUGAAUGUCAUUUUGUUGGCUGUCACCACCACCAAGGAGGACAAACAGAAUGCAGAUCAUGCUGUGAAGGAAUGAUUUGCAAUGUGGAAGUCCCCACGAAUCACACAAAUGCAGUGUUUGCUGUCAUACAGGCUCGGAAGUCAUCAGGCACUAUCACUUGGACGUUCAGUUUACCAGUGCUUGCUUGUGUUUUCACAGUUCAAUUAUUAUGAUGCCAUUGUUCACAAGAGAAUUAGAGACAUUUCCUCCAAGCUCAAACUUGAAACUGUGAGCAAUGAACUUUCUGAUUGAAAAUGAACUUUGCACAUCAUGAAGAAUUCCAUAAGCACAUUUUAGACCACAACACAGAAGUGUGUGGUGUAUGGAGCCAAUUGUUUGCUAAGCUAAAGUGCCCCAUGAAAGGAUCUGCAGUAUAGAGAAGCUAGGAAUGAGACAAGGAUGGAGAACCAGAAGGCAAGACUUGGAGGCCAUUAAUCUAUCAUUUUCCUUACCGCUGCUGGCUGCACUAUUUAAUAUAGAGGACUCUAAUGGGUUCUCUGAUGCUUUUAAAAUGGUAAAAGGAGCAGAGGCAGAAGAAAAAAUCCUCUGGGCCAGGCCCUUUGCAAUAAGACCUGAUCUUCCUUCACUCCAAUGAGGUUGCUGAAUCAGACUCUUUCAACCAUUUCAACGUGCUAAAAAUUCAGUUCUUAAAAGUAUCCCAUUUUCUCAGGUGAGAAAUCGAUAUUCUCAUCAAAGAAGAACAGUAAGGAAAAAGGAAAACAGCUUUAGGAAAGUGUUCCAGUUUAACCAUUCUGGUUUGGUCACUGAAUGUGGGAAAAAUAAAAGCUUUUAAAUUAUGUAA